AUGGCCGCAUCUUUAUUCAGAAACCGUUCCACAUUGUCUGUACACAAUUUGUUCACCAAUGCUCUUCGUCGUCUCUCUUCAGCACAGGUUUCAAACGCCAUUCCCGAUGAGGCACGUGAGAGAAUGAUGUACUCAGACAUAAACUCACAGAUUGGGAGUUGUAUGCCUCUCUCUGCAAUGCGAAUUGGAACUAUCAUUCACAACAUUGAGCUGAACCCUGGGCAAGGUGGAAAGCUUGUUCGAGCGGCCGGAACCAAUGCAAAGAUCUUGAAAGAGCCCACAUCAGCAUACUGUUUAGUCCAACUUCCAUCCGGUGUUAAAAAGUUGAUUGAUUCUCGAUGCAGGGCCACUGUUGGUACUGUCUCUAAUCCAACUCACGGAGAUCGCAAGCUCAGGAAGGCUGGCCAUAGCAGAUGGCUUGGUCGGAGACCCGUUGUUCGGGGUGUGGCUAUGAAUCCUGUUGAUCAUCCUCAUGGAGGAGGAGAGGGCAAGAGCAAGAGUAGUGGUGCGUGGGGGAAAGGAUCCCGCACUCCUUGGGGAAAGCCGACUAAGGGUGGCUUCAAGACUGGACCUCUUAAGCGCAAAAAGUAG